AUGUCUAAUGACGAGCUGCGACGACUGUCCAAGCAAGAACGGCAAGUGCGAAAUGUGAUGGACGUGAUGAAGGACUUCGUUCGAAACUACCAAGAGCACCUCGAUAAGCGAUCUUUGGCAGCACGAAUUCAGAAACUGGAUGAAAUCUACGACUUAUUCUGUGAAGUUCGAAUGCGCAUCGACCUGAUAUUGGAGGAUACAGACUUUGACGAAGAUUUCGUGGAUGCUGAUGAAUCUGAAGAAGAUCAUGCGGUUAGGACGGCGAGAACGAAGGCAAAGAAGGUGAAAGAGAAUGAAAAGGUUCUGAAAGAUUUCAUCAACGAGUACUUCGCAAUAAAGCAAUCGAUGCAAGGUCUAAUGAUUCCCUCCGGAUCGAGUUCUAGUGUGGUGCCUGUCGAAUCAACCAACCAGCAGGGCUCUUCUCUAUCAAUGAUGCGUGUAAAACUCCCAGAGCUGAAGCUUCCAACAUUCGGUGGACACUUGAGAGAUUGGAUCACCUUCAGGGACACAUUUAAGAAUCUGAUUUCAGACAACGCACAGCUCACUGAGAUUGACAAGUUCACCUACCUUCGCACGUCGUUGUCAGGGGAAGCUCUGCAAGAAAUUGGAUCGAUAGAACUGUCAGUGGCGAACUAUUCGAUAGCUUGGAAGUCGUUGGAGUCCCGGUAUGAAAACAAAAAACUUCUUGUAAAAUCUCAUCUCGACGCGCUGUUAUCGAUCGAACCUAUGGAAAGGGAGAGUUUUGAAUCCUUGAACCAUGUGAUAAAUGAUUUCGAUAAGCAUUUGCAGAUGCUGCACAAGUUGGGUGAAAAUACCUUCGAAUGGAGUACAAUAUUGGCACAUAUACUAGCGAGUAAGCUGGACACAACAACACUACGCUUGUGGGAAACAGAACACCGAUCACGAGAAGUGCCCAGAUAUACCGCCAUGUUGGAGUUUCUUAAAAACCACUGUAUUGUUCUACAAUCCGUUACUCCCGAACGAUCCAGUUCCCAGCAACAUGAUUCCAAGAAGAAAUCACGGGCGUUCAAUAGCUAUGCGGGGUCAACUCAAAUAGCGUGUCCAUUCUGCGGCGAGCCUCAACAUCAAAGUUUCCAGUGUAAGAAGUUCAAAUCCAUGAAGAUGGAGGAGAGAAGAAACGCGGUGAAAACUGGUCGACUGUGCUUUAACUGUCUAUCUCGAGGUCACAUUUCCAAAUCAUGCUCUCGCAGUUCCUGUCGAUUGUGUGGACAACGACACCACACGAUGCUGCAUCAAGGUUCAACCCAGACUGGAAGCAAUUCAUCAGCUGCACAAUCGAAUAAGCUACCGCAAUCGCAGCCGAACUCGCAAAACCCACAUUCGACCCAGACACACUCAACCUCAUACACACAGAAACCAACACAAACUCUUCAACCACCACCCAAUCAACCCAACACAAAUUCCUUCUCAGUUGCUACUUCAAGUAGACAAGUUCAAACGCCACCCAAUACAGACACAACCACAAGCCACAACGCUGUCCUCUCCGCUAGUGAAACCAAGGCAUCACGAACGGUCUUGCUUGCAACCGCACUCGUGAUACUUGAAGACCAUUAUAGAAAUUCUACCCUAGCUAGAGCUUUGCUUGAUAGCGGCUCUCAGUUAUGUUUCAUAUCAGAAAAUCUGUCGCAGCAGCUUAGGUUCAAACGGUCUCGAGAAAUUCUUUCGAUAAGUGGAAUUGGACAAGCCACGAAGAAAUGUAAACAGUCUGUCGUUGCUCGUAUUCGAUCCCGAGUAUCUGGUUUUGUGGAGGAGGAGACUUUAUACGUGCUACCACAAGUCACUCAGGACCUUCCAACCACGAAGAUCAAUACUAGCAGUUUGGCACUUCCCCAAGGAGUGAUUUUAGCCGAUUCGAAUUACUUUGAGCCAGGAUCAAUCGAUAUAAUAAUCGGGGCUGGAUUAUUUUUCGACGUGUUGACAGCGGAUAAAUUUAAGCUCGGAGAAGACGGUCCUGCUAUGCAAAAUACAGAGUUCGGAUGGAUAAUCUGUGGUAGAAUUCCAAAUCUAUCGAACCAUUUCAGGCCAGUGGUAGCAAGUGCAUGUAGCGAACGAGUUGAUGACUUGUUAACCAAAUUCUGGGAGCUAGAAACCUGCCGUUCUAAUAGUAUCCAUUCCGUUGAGGAAUCCGCCUGUGAAGUCUACUUCGACCGCACAACUGUGCGUGAUUCGAGGAGUCUACAACGCAGCAGUACUAUAUUCCACAUCAUUGUGUACUCAAACCUGACAGUACGACCACCAAGUUGCGCGUGGUGUUCGAUGCGUCGUGCUCGACUAGUAGCGGAAUUUCCUUAA